AUGGCUGCGACGGGGUCACCGCAUAAUUCAUCCUCUAUUAAUGGUAAUUUGGAAGUGUUACGGAUGCAGAUGGAUAUUGAUUCAAUGUCUCGUCAAUCAGCUAUGAUGAUUAAGCUUACUGAUGAAAGUAUUGCCGCUCUUAAAGUAGCUCAAAAAACACGACAACCGGUGCGACUGAAAAUUGAUAAACAGGGAGGUACUAUCGAAAUUGGUUGUAGUGGACAAGCAACGAAGUUUCGUUUCGUCAUCCAGGAAGUACCGGGUGCGCCAGCUGAUGCUGUCUCUUAUGAUUGUCAAAAGAGGUACAGAACCGUGCAAACCACUGCGAAGGCGCUUGCUGAAACACGUGAUAAACUUAUUGAGGAAGAAAAAAAAAAGCAAAUGAAGGAAUCAUCUAGACAUAAACGUGAACAACGUCCAGUAAUUGUGAAGCGUGCAACGAAUCCAUUAGCAGUCGGUGCUCAACGUCCAAGUUCAUCAUCCUCUGCUCGAUCUUGCCAUUCUGAUUCUUCGAAUAAAAGUUCUGCAUCCAAAAAUGUGGGUAAUCAUCAGCAACAGAUUUCUUCUAAUACAUCAGCUGCUGGUGCACGAUCAUUUGUCCGCGCAGAACUUUCAAGGCGACCGCUGAGGAAACGUGUCAUACAUUUAGUCAUUCUUGGACGAUUCUCUUCGGCAAGCGAAAUUAUUACGCAAAUACGAAAAGAUUCAUUGAGUGAAGAGAUUGCUCAAGAAGAUGCUGAUCGAAUACAAGAAAUUAUCGAUGAAAUUGGAGAAUUAAAUCGUGAAACUGGUCGACUGCAACUCAAGCAAGCAUUCUAUAAUGAGGUCGAUGCACGUUGGCCAGGUUUUAAUUCAGAUGAAAAAAGUUAUGUAAGGAAGAUUUUAUCCGGUAGUAUGGGUAAUAAUAUUUCAAAUUUCGCACCGGUGCGAAAAUCGAGAAUCGUUCCCAUGGUGGCUCCUGGAUCAGGAACGCUGAUUAGUAAUGCAACAACAGAUGAUUCAUCUUUUCGUGCUAUGCAAAGCAAAUCUCCAGAAUCCACAGCUUCCAGUAUUAGCUCAAAAAGCCCCGCCGAAAUUAACAAUAUUGUAAAUAAUACGGGGAUAGACAGUAAGAUGAAUGAUGAUCUCAAUAACUCAAGUAUGCUCAGUUCAAAGCGAAAAGCUCAUAUUAAUGCACCUCCUCCGAUCACCUCCAAGCGACCACGACAACAGUCGUUAUCACCACCAGAAGAUCCAUCGAAUGCUAACUUAACCACAGAUCCACAGCAAGCGAAAAAUACUGCUCAACGUACCGUUGGACUGAAUGAUAUUGAACGACCAACGGAACCAAUAAGCUCUACAGCUACUAACUUAUCGCCUAAUUCUGCGCCACAGACUAGUCGUGAUUGGUUGAAGGAAUUUCCAGAACCACGAAGUUUAGAGGAAGCCGAACUGUAUUACUUGAAAUUUCUGGAAGAUUAUCCGAAAUAUCUGACAUGUUAUAAUAUUCUAUCAGCUGUAGUAAAUGAAUUCAAAGAGCUAGAAAAGAAGAUGAACGAAGCGCCGAAAAAUUCAAAAGAACAUGAAAAAGCAGAAGAAGCAAUAGAAAUGCGAUAUUUGCAUUAUCAGCGUAAUCCGGAAUAUUUGGAAACAAGGCAAAGACAUGAAGAUUUGAGAUCAAAAUUGGAAAUUUUGAAGAAGCAUGUAGAUUUUUGGGAAAAAAAUCAAAGGAGGCAGCUUGCUACGGAUAGGACUAAUUUAAACAACAGUAGCAACAACAGUAAUCAUCACAUUCUGAAGAAUACGUCAUCAUGA